AUGGCCAUACCGGUUAUCCCCUCGCGUAGUCCAACCAACAACGUCGUCUAUAUACGAACUCUCAUGAUCGACUACGCCUAUUCAAAUUACAAAUAUGUGAUGACCCCUAAAGAAGCGGAGGAGAUUUUAACGAAACCAUAUUGGGACGACGUCGACGCUUUUUGUAGUUAUAGUACGUAUCACCAAGAGUCCCCCCUCCUUCCCCUUUCCGGCUCGCUACGGGGCCAGAAGUUCUUAACAGAUUAUUAUAGGAUGAUACAAGCGAGCUUUGGACAACCCGUGUCCAGCACAAGUAACGUAAAGCUUCCUAGCACAAUAAAUAUAUACACUGAUGAAGAGCUCAACGCCAUGGAGUCAGGGUUAGUUGAGCUCUUACCUCCUAGGAAUGCGGAACUCAACGUGAGUGAAGAGUCAAGCGCGGAAAAUGAGCGGCCAACUAUGAGCGACAAUCAAGAGAACCUUGUUAGAUCUAUAUCACAAACUGCCACCAGAAUCAAUGAAGGGGAUUUAGAAAUCGAAUCCGAAUUUGAAGGCGAGUACCUUCCUCGUUACACCCCUGAAAUUCUUCCGGCAUACACUCCUUUCGGCGUUACGGAAAUUAUGUCCGAAGACCCCCUAAUAAGUACCGAAGAGGCCAGAGAAACCAAUAACACCGAAGAUGUCCCCAUAUACGGUACCAAUGAAAGGCAUUACGACGAGACAAGAGCACAGGAUGCCUCAAGACUUGGUAUCCUCUAUACUCUACGUUCACGGAUGAACAGAAAGUUCCAGAGUGCCAAGCAAAAGCUUGCGUGUAGCUUUAAGAUUGUCUCGGCUAAGAAAGCUCUAAAAUUAACCCUUGCAAUUAAAAAAGAAUAUCAAGGAAGAUAG